CAGCCGCCGCCGCCACCCUUCGUCCGUCCGCCGCGGGCGCUCCAGCCCGCCUCCUCGACUCCGUCGGCCAUCCCCGAGGCCGGCCUCGGCGCCUUCCGAAGCCCAGAUGGUCGCCAUGGCCAAUGGGGUCAAGGUCGAACCCGCCGCCGCCGUCCCCGACACCACCGCCGCCGCCAACGGAAAGGCUGACUCGCCGAUAUCAGUUCUCGGGGACGAGAAAAUGCCGGAACCCAAGGUCGAGAAGGCGGCCCUCCUGGACACGCUGAAGGUGGAGGACACGGCGGAGGAGUUCCUGGACGCGCCGUCGUCCCUGCCCAUCGACCUGGAGGCCAAGAACGGCGACGCGGCGCUCAUCACGGAGGUCAUGGCCAAGGAGGAGGAGGAGCUGUGCCAGGCGCGGAUCAAGGCCGACGAGGAGGAGGAGGCCCGGAGGAGGGAGGAGGCCGCCAGGCAGGCUGCCGACCCCAAGGCGCGGUUCAACAAGCUGGACGAGCUGCUCACGCAGACGCAGCUCUACUCCGAGUUCCUGCUCGAGAAGAUGGACCAGAUCACCGAUGUGCAUUCAACACCGAAGAAAGCUGUUGAAAUCAAGCAGGAGGAGGAGCCUGUGGAGGAGCAGAAGAAAGGGCGUGGCAGGAAGAGGAAGUCCAAUGCUAAGCCGCAGUAUAAUGACAAGAAGGCUAAGACAGCAGUGGCAGCAAUGCUUACAAGAAAGCGUGAAGACGGUGCUGCUGCUGAUGGUACACUCACAGAAGAAGAAAAGUGGGAACAAGAGCAAGCCAACCUUGUUCCGUUAUUGACUGGUGGAAAGUUGAAAUCUUACCAGAUAAAGGGUGUUAAGUGGCUAAUUUCACUGUGGCAAAAUGGGCUGAAUGGGAUAUUAGCUGACCAAAUGGGCCUUGGGAAAACGAUCCAGACAAUUGCAUUUCUUGCCCAUCUCAAAGGGAAUGGUAUGCACGGUCCAUACAUGGUUAUUGCUCCCCUUUCAACUCUGUCAAACUGGUUGAAUGAGUUAACAAGGUUCACCCCAUCUGUGAAUGGUAUAAUUUACCAUGGAACUAAAGAUGCUCGGGCAGAGUUGAGGAGAAAACACAUGCCCAAAACAACCGGUCCUGAUUUUCCGAUAAUAAUCACUUCAUAUGAGAUGGCCAUGUAUGAUGCGAGGCUUCUUGCUAAUUAUAAGUGGAAGUAUGUUGUUGUAGAUGAGGGCCAUCGGUUGAAAAAUACUAAGUGUAAAUUAUUGAGGGAGUUAAAGCGCAUUCCGAUGGAUAACAAGCUCCUUUUGACCGGAACACCUCUUCAGAAUAACCUAGCAGAGCUGUGGUCACUGUUGAACUUCAUUUUGCCUGAUAUAUUCUCAUCCCAUGAGGAAUUUGAGUCAUGGUUUGAUUUUUCUGGGAAGGUAGACGAGGAACAACAGGAAGAAAGUGAUGAGAACAAAAGAGUCCUUGUUGUCUCAAAACUUCAUGCCAUUUUGCGUCCAUUCCUUUUAAGGCGGAUGAAGGAAGAUGUAGAACUCACGCUUCCACGAAAGAAAGAGAUAAUCAUUUAUGCUAACAUGACUGAACAUCAGAAGCAAAUCCAGAAUCACUUGGUUGAGGAGACAUUUGAUGAAUACUUGCAUGAGAACAUGGAUAUUGUUUUGCGUAAACCUGGCAUCAAGACGAAGCUAAAUAAUCUACUCAUUCAGCUGAGGAAAAACUGCGCCCACCCUGAUCUUUUCAAUAUUGCAUUCGACGCAAACAGUCUCUAUCCACCUGUUGAUAAGCUUCUGGAACAAUGUGGCAAAUUUCAGCUGUUGGACAGAUUACUGGAUAUUCUACUCAAACGGAACCACAAGGUCCUAAUAUUUUCGCAAUGGACAAAAGUUUUGGACCUCCUUGACUACUAUUUGGAGGUAAAAGGCCUGAAGGUUUGCCGAAUUGAUGGGAGUGUUAAUUUGGAAGUUCGGAGGAAGCAGAUAGCGGACUUCAAUGACUUGAACAGUGGCAUGAAUGUUUUCAUUCUAAGCACACGUGCUGGUGGGCUUGGUAUCAACCUUACUUCUGCUGAUACUUGCAUCCUGUAUGAUAGUGACUGGAAUCCUCAAAUGGAUUUGCAAGCUAUGGAUCGAUGCCACCGGAUUGGUCAAACACAGCCAGUUCAUGUUUACCGGUUGGCAACAUCCAAUUCUGUGGAGGUAUGGUUGAGGGAUAACCUGUGGACUCUUGCUUGGCUAUGCUUUGUGGCAUCAGCGCUCAUCAUAUUGUUGUUGCAGGGACGGAUUAUUAAGAGAGCUUUUGGAAAGUUGAAGCUAGAGCAUGUCGUGAUCGGCAAGGGACAGUUUCAACAAGAUGCUGCAAAGCCUAACGCCUUAGAUGAGGCGGAGCUGCUGGCGCUGCUUAGGGAUGAGCAGGCUGAGGAAGACAGGAUGAUUCAGACAGAUAUCAGUGAUGAGGACCUUCUGAAGCUGAUGGAACGGACUGACCUCACAGGUGCUCCUGCGGCUGCUGGUGCCGCCCCUCUUGUCCCACUGAAAGGGCCUGGGUGGGAGGUGGUGCUUCCAGCCAAGGGUGGUGGCGGCAUGCUCUCUGCGCUCGCCAGCUGAGCCCCGUCGGCAGCCUAUGAAUGACACAACGCUUGGUGUUUUGGUCCUUGGGCUUGUUCGCCGCUAACUAGCCUAUGUUAUGUAACGUGACAACAGUAUCCCCCCUAAGUAAUUAUCGACCGGGCGUUGCACUAUCUAGAUUAGGAAGCUGAUGUUUUGGCGAGCUGUGUUGUAACUUGAGCUCGUGCCUUGUUCGAAGGCCAACCUAUGUAAGACUGUUGGUGGUAUGGUAGUCUAUGCUAAGCAGUUCGGGAA